AUGCACUGGCAAAAGAACUUCCUUGGCUCCCAAAUGAGGGCUUCCAUUCGUCUAGGCGUGGAUUCGCUGCCUGAACCGACCGCAGCCCAAACUGAGAGGAGGACGGCUUUGACGCUACCAAGGCAGAGGCAGUCCCAAACUCAGAGGCACUCGCACUUCCUCCCCUCGCUGAUC